AUGCUGUCUGAACCGCCCAGAGAGGAUGAAUACGACGAGACCACCUCGCUGUUAAGUCACAACACACCGCACCCAGCGCCGUCCGCCCGGCCCCGCUGGAUCCUCGCCCUCCUCGUUUUCGGCAUCAUCACCGUUGAUUUCGGGGGUUAUCUCUCCCUAGCCCCGCAGAUUGAGAUCUUCGAAUCCAUCAUCUGUCGCAAUCUCCACCCGGAGAUCGCAUCUGCGACAACAAAAGAUGCCAUCGACGCCGUCUGCAAAGGGCCCGACGUCCAGGGCGAGCUCGCUCUCCUGAUCGGUUGGCGCGAGAUGCUCGAUGUCUUGCCGGGUAUCAUCCUGGCGCUCCCGUACGGGCUUAUGGCGGACCGCAUCGGACGCAAGUCGGUGCUGCUGUUGUGUUUGCUGGGAUUGGUGAUGGAGGAGGUGAUGGUUCGGGUGAUCGCGUGGUACAGUGCGUAUAUACCGCUGCGGGCGGUAUGGUUCAUGUCGAUUUUCCAGCUCUGUGGUGGAGGAGCCCAGAUUGCCACGUCCAUGGUUUUGACUAUGAUCACGGAUGUGUUUUCGGUGGAGAAACGUGCCAAUAUCUUCUUCCUCAUACAAGGUGCAGUCCUGCUGGCCGAGAUCAUGGCGACUUCGCUCAGUGCCUGGCUCAUGGGAUGGACCCCCUGGCUUCCGUUCCUGCUCGGUGUGGCUGUCGAGCUGUGCGGUCUACUGGCCGCGUUCACCGUCCCAGAGACUCAGCGCAAGUCGACGGCUCUGAGCGAAGACGGGACAGAAGACAACACCGACGACGACGACGCAGAUGAGAAUUCGCAGUCCGCCUCCCAUCGCGUCAAGGUCCGACUUGGACACGUCUGGCGCCAGAUCACCCAUCACAGCCGCUUCAUCCUCGGCAAUCGCAACAUCGUCUGCAUCUCGAUCGCCUCGCUCACCACCGCCGUGGGCCCGCAGUCCGUGCAAAUCAUGCUGCAAUACGUCUCGAAGCGCUUCGCCUGGUCAAUGGCAAAGGCAAGCUUCCUCGUCUCCCUCAAAGGCAUCGUCAGCCUCUCCGCCCUCCUCCUCAUCCUCCCCAUCAUCUCCAACGCCCUCGACAAAUACCUCCCCCCGAUCCGCCGCGACCUGCGCAUCUCCCUCGGCAGCGUCGCCCUGCUCACCAGCGGCAACAUCCUCAUGGCCCUCGCGCCAGAACCCAUUGCCUUCGCCGUCGGCCUCUCCACCUCCGCCCUGGGUGGCGGGUUCUACGCCGCGCUGCGCAGCGUCGCCACCGCACUGGUCGAGGAGUCCGAAAUGGCGCUCCUGAGCACGACCAUCGCGCUCAUGCAGGGCAUCGGUGGGAUCGUUUCGGGCCCCUUGCUUGCCGGCAUGCUCAGGUCCGGGCUGAGUCUGGGUGGCAUCUGGCUGGGGCUGCCGUAUCUCACGGCGGGGGUGUUGUAUGUCAUGGCGUCUUGGGCGACGGUUGCGAUCCGCAUUCCGAGCGGGUGGCGGGAAUAG